AUGGCCGAUUUCCUCAAGAACAUCAUCGGCGGCAGCAAGUCGAACGAGCCGGUACCUUCUGCAGACUCUGAUUUCGCAGAUUUCGCCGAAGCACCGUCUCCCACUCCUAUAGCAUACGAGAAACCCCCGCCCGGUAGUGCAACAUUGUCUGGCGGCGGGCCCCUUGUGACCGAUCGUCCCUAUACGAAAUGGUACAAUGUUCACGAGCGCCACAGCCUCUCCGAGUUCAAGGCCGAGGGAGUCAUCUUGACAGUCAUCGCUGUCAUUUUCACCCUGCACUUCAUCGGCACCAGGCUGAACAAGGCAAAGGCAAAGGCAUGGGCCAAGUCGCAUGCUCCCUUACUCGAGAACGAAUUUGCACUUGUUGGCUUUAAUGGUGUGCCAAACGCACAGCAGCAGCCCGAGAAGAUCCUCAAGGAGAAGAGUCUGUUCGAGUAUGCGACAUAUGCUACUGGCCGACAGAAUGUCGCCUUUGUCGAUGUUGGCCUGACCCUCAAGAAGCGCUUCAACCCGCUGAUGACCUCGGUUGAGACUCUGUUGGGAUUCUUCAUUGACAGCUACGGCUCUCCUGAGGACUCGCUCGAGGCCACUAUCUACCCAUUCGAUGGCAAGGAGGCUGCUAUUGUGCCCAAUCUUCCCGGUGCUGCAGAGCUGCGAAGCAAAGACUCCAAGAGCGGCUACGAUGGCUUUGUCUGGGCACUUGUCAACAAGGAUCAGAUGAAGAAGUUCCGCGAGGACCGCUACGAUCUGUCGAUUACCUUCACCAAGGAUAACUCCAAAUUGCCUAUCUGGUUGACUUGCAUGAGUGAGAGCGCCGAAAUCACAGAUGCUCUUCUUACCAAGGACCUCGCAGCUGCUGUAGAGAAGGCUGGUGAUCUGUUUGAGGCCUUGAUCGUUACUGACCAGCCAACGGAGAAACCGUCAACAAUCGAUGAGACGACUCCGCGCAAGCGCAUCUUCCUCCGUUACCGACUUCCAUCCUCGAACAACUACGACGAUUUGCUCCCCCUGUUCACUGCCUUCUUGCGCCUUCCUGACCACCUUUCUGCAUCUGCUCACUUCCGCCCCGAGGUGUUGCGCAAGGUCAAGUCUGUUCGCGACGAAACUAUCAAGCAGAUCCAGAAGGUUGCAGAGGAUGAGAAGGCCGAAGAGCGUGCUCUUGAGCGCGACAGAACCAGGAAGGCCAAGCGGGAUGCUGAGCUUAACGCUCUGGAUGCCAAGGCUCAAAAGAAAUACCUUGACAAGGAGAAGGAGAAGCAAAUGCGCAAGCAAUCGAAGAAGCAGACUGUCAGGGGUUAG